GCAGCCCCCGCCCCGGGGCGGCGGCCGGCUCAGCGGCACCGGCCCUUCCCGCGGAAUGCGCCCCGGCAGGGCUGCUGAAGGGUGUCUCUUUAACAAGACUUGUGACAUGAAGUAGAACAGGCGUUUUGAAGAUCUCUGCCAUAAUUGCAGCUGUAUCUCUGAAUGUUGGCACAUUUACUGGAGACUCUUCCCAAAGUCUGUUUGAAUCAGAGCCUGUGAAAUUUCCCAAAGCUUCAUAAUGGAGCUUUUAGCAUCCAAAGGAGAUUAUGUGAGAUAUUUCAAAAGGUCUUUAUUGCUACUUUUAGUAUGUGUAAUAGUUCUUGUAUGCACUGAUCAAGACUACUAUAGUUUACUUGGAGUAUCCAAAGAAGCAAGUAGUAGAGAAAUACGACAAGCAUUCAAAAAGCUGGCAUUAAAGUUGCACCCUGAUAAAAAUCAAAAUGAUCCAAAUGCACAUGACAAUUUUUUGAAAAUAAAUAGAGCAUAUGAAGUACUUAAAGAUGAAGAUCUACGGAAGAAGUAUGAUAAAUAUGGGGAGAAGGGUCUCGAAGACCAGCAGCAGGGAGGUCGGUACGAGAGCUGGAACUUCUAUCGCUAUGAUUUUGGUAUUUAUGACGAUGAUCCCGAAAUUAUAACAUUGGAUAGAGGAGAAUUUGAUGCUGCUGUUAACUCAGGAGAACUGUGGUUUGUGAAUUUUUAUUCUCCUCGCUGCUCCCACUGCCAUGAUUUAGCACCUACGUGGAGAGAAUUUGCUAAGGAGCUGGAUGGAGUGAUACGCAUUGGAGCUGUGAACUGUGGAGAUAACAGAAUGCUGUGUCGAAUUAAAGGCAUUAACAGUUACCCCAGUCUGUACAUUUUCAAAACUGGAAUGCAACCAGUGAAAUAUUACGGAGACAGGUCAAAAGAGAGCCUAAAGAACUUUGCCAUGCAGUAUGUUACAAGCACAGUCACUGAGUUAUGGGCAGGAAAUUUUGUAAAUGCUAUUGAAACUUCAUUUGCAUCUGGUGUUGGUUGGCUGAUCACCUUCUGUGCUGAACGUGGGGAUUGCUUGAGUUACCAAACCCGCCUUAAGCUAGCUGGGAUGUUGGAAGGUCUUGUUAAUGUGGGCUGGAUGGACUGUGGCACCCAGGGUGAGCUUUGUGAUAACUUAGAUGUCUCAUCUAGUACUACUGCAUACUUCCCACCUGGAGCCACCAUAAAUAACAAAGAGAAAGGAGGUGUUUUGUUUCUUAACUCCUUGGAUGCCAGAGAAAUAUAUCAGGAAGUAAUGCAGCAUCUACCAGACUUUGAAAUCAUCUCUGCAGCAUCAUUGGAGGACCGUCUGGCUCAUCACCGGUGGCUGCUUUUCUUCCAGUUUGGGGAGAGGGACAAAUCAAAUGUGCAGGAGUUCAAGAAACUUAAAUUUUUACUGAAAGAUGAGCAUAUUCAGGUUGGGAAGUUUGACUGUCUUUCCUCACCAACCAUCUGCAACAAACUGUAUGUUUAUCAGCCUUGUUUAGCAGUCUUCAAAGGAAAAGGCACUGGAGAUUAUGAAAUUCAUCAUGGAAAGAAGAUCUUAUAUGACAUUGUUGCAUUUGCCAAAGAAAGUGUGAAUUCCCAUGUCAUCACACUGGGACCUCAGAAUUUUCCUGACAAAGAUAAGGAACCAUGGCUUGUGGACUUCUUUGCACCGUGGUGUCCUCCUUGUCGAGCUUUGUUACCAGAGCUGAGAAAAGCAUCUAAACAUCUUUAUGGUCAGCUUAAAUUUGGGACACUAGACUGUACUGUCCAUGAAGGCCUUUGCAACAUGCAUAACAUUCGAGCUUACCCAACAACAGUUGUGUUCAAUCAGUCUGAUGUUCAUGAGUAUGAAGGACACCACUCAGCUGAGCAAAUCUUGGAGUUUAUAGAGGAUCUUAGGAAUCCAUCAGUGGUGUCCCUAACACCAGAGACAUUUGCUGAAUUGGUUCAGAGAAGAAAGCGAGAGGAGAUCUGGAUGGUGGACUUCUACGCUCCAUGGUGUGGACCUUGUCAGGCCUUAAUGCCAGAAUGGAAGAAAAUGGCCAGGAUGUUAAAUGGAUUAAUCAGUGUAGGCAGUGUGGAUUGUCAAAAAUAUUACUCUUUCUGUCACCAAGAAAGUGUUCGGGGCUAUCCUGAAAUCAGAGUCUUUCCUCAAAAAUCAAACACAGCUCAUCACUAUUAUAGCUACAAUGGGUGGCACAGAGAUGCCUAUUCACUCAGAGGCUGGGCAUUGGGGUAUUUGCCACAGGUGUCUGUAGAUCUCACCCCUCAGAGUUUCACAGAAAAAGUUCUGAAUGGAAAAGAUCAUUGGGUCAUUGAUUUCUAUGCUCCUUGGUGUGGACCUUGCCAAAAUUUUGCUCCUGAAUUUGAGAUGCUUGCAAGGGCCGUUAAAGGAAAAGUAAAGGCUGGAAAAGUAGACUGUCAAGCAUAUGGUCACACCUGUCAGACUGCUGAUAUCAGAGCCUAUCCUACUGUUAAGUUCUACUCCUACCAAGGAACAAAGAAAAGUGUUCUUGGGGAAUACAUAGACAGCAGAGAUGCAAAAGGUAUAGCUGACCUUUUGAAUGAAAAAUUAGAAGCAAUGGAAAAGAAAGAAAAAAGAAAAAAAUCUAGAAAUAAGGAUGAACUCUAACUGGUACUGAAGGUAGAUACAAUUCAAAAUAUUCUGAAGCUGUGAAGAUAGAAGACACCACAAGGAAAAUAUAAGGAUAGUUACAUUGGUGACAGGACACAUGAAAACAAGUUUGAGUUCACAGGCAUACACAACUGUAUGAGUUCUGUUAAACUGUGGGGAGAUGAAAACAUUUUGGUUUUGGUGGAGGCAAUGUUUCUGCAUGUCCCUCUUCUGAUAUACCAGCUACCUUCUUCCUGGCCAAACACUGGAGUUGACCAGAAAUGUGGACUCUAUCACUUUUGCCUACCCAUUUACUAGUUCCUUAUAUUUUUUUCUGUCUCUUCUCAAAUGCUUUUUGAAUGUGGCACUCAGCCUGUGGCUGAAUAUGCACUCGAAGCACUCUGCAAUGCAGAACACAAUGACGGAUUGUCUAUUUGACAGACAAACAGUUGGACCUGAUGAUUAUUCUGCUUUGGGGUUGCAUUAUUGUCUAGUCAAUGGUUAAGGAAUAAAAUCAAGAACUGGUAGGAGGAUAUGUUUAUUGAAUUAAAUUGCUCUUGCUCUCGAGUGGAUUACUCUGUUGUGGCAGUGUUGAUGCUACCUGGAUGAACAGAACUUUGAAGAGCUUUAGUUCCUUGGUUUGGUUUUGGGAUUGUGUUUAUUCCUUUUUUAAGUAAGAAAGAAAAAAUAAAAUAAUUCAAAUGUGGUA